AUGUCUCCUGCUGAGAGGCUGAAGGUGCUCCUCUUCCUGGCUUUGUUCUUCGGAGCGGCGGGAUCUCUGUUCACGCUGCUCUCCUGUGGGACAGAGUACUGGCUGCUGGCUGCAGAGUCCUGCAGCCUGCCAGAGGGAGGUGACAGAGGAAGUGGCCUCAGAGAGAAGAGCAGCUGGAAGGAUCCAGACGGUGUGAGGAUCUUCCAUGAGGGUCUGUUCUGGCGGUGCUCGUUCGCGGCUCUGUCAAGUGAUUACUCUGUGUGGGACCUUUGGAUCUCAAAUCAGCCACCAUCAACGCUGUGCCAGGCCGCCUUCCUCUUCCCGUUUCCUGUGAAUGAGCCAAUGAGAUCAAGGGUGGAGCCAAACGGCCUUCCCACAGAACCAUACGAACACCACUCUGCCAUUGUUUUCAGGACCUUCUGGAGCAUCUUCCUCGUCACAGGGUUGACGGCCGUCGUCACUGGGGGAUUUGUCGUCAUCUGUGCUGGACCACUGGCCAAUCACAGACUCUAUAAAGUGGGCGGGGUCCUCCAGCUUUGUGGUGGUCUGUGCCUUCUGGCAGUGGUGGUGAUGUAUCUGAUGUGGGUCCAGGUCCUGGACACUCUGGAGCAGUUCGCCCACCAUCAGAGGGUCUCCGGUUGCCCCUCCUUCCACCUCAGCAUCCAGCACGGCCCUUCAUUCCUGCUGGCUCCGGUCGCUGUCUUCUUCUGCCUGCUGGCCGGCCUGCUCUUCAUCCUGGUCGGCCGGAGUAUUCGGGGAUUACAGCUGGAUAAAAGAGACAAAAUUCCUGAGCUUCCAGCAUCUGAUGUCUAUCUGUGAUUCCCACCGGGGAUCCAGUUUUUUAAAAAGCUUCCACAUCAUGAAAGGUGGCCAUCUUGACUUGGGUUAAAGUGUAGUGGACAGACAAAACCCACACGAGACAAACUGUUCACGUCCUCUGUGAACGUUGUUCUGAAGGAUCAGACUUCUGGAGCAUGAAAUUAUGAAUGUU